CUGAUAAAAUUGUGUCAUAUGAAAACCAAUGUGUUUGCCCAUCUCAUGGCUGGUUGUGUUAUUUGUGUCUUUAUUAAUUUAUUUCACUAUGGACUUGGAUGAUAUUAUUUAUUUAUCUAGUUUGUUGUUUUCCAUAGGUUUUGGUAAUAUUUUCAGGAAGAUCCAGAACAAAAGUAACAAGCGAUGCUUUGCCACAAUUGUAGGAGUUGUUAUAGUACUUAUCGUUUGUGGGAAACAUACUUUACAUCCCAUUCUGUGCACCCUGGUUAAUUCUUUCAUCAUAUCAAAAUGCAAUGCAAGAUUCUGUCAUAUUCUGUCCUUCUCAUUCACCUUUGCAUAUUUAUUAUUUGCUCGUUGCACCAGUUAUUUUGGAUUCCCAGAGGUUACAGGCCAUGCUAAUCUGGUUCAAAUGAUUCUCACUUUAAAGUUAGUCGGACUUGCAUUUGAAGUUCAUGAUAGCGAAAGAACGAAAUCUAGACUUGACGACUUCGAUGAUAGUGAUGCUCCAUCUGCAUAUCUUGAAACAUAUGUUAUUACAAGACCCAGUGUAGCAGAUGUUUUUCAUUAUGCUUUUUGUUACAUCGGUGUUCUAACAGGUCCUUAUUACAAGUACAAGACUUACUGGGAUCUUUUCUACACAAGACAUGCUGAAUUCACCCCAUGUUUUGAACAAACCAUCGAACGCAUAAAAUUUGUUCCUUUGUACAUGAUUCUGUUUUCUCUUUCAACAUGGCUCUUUCCUCUACGAUACGUGGGAUCAGAAGAGUUCUACAGAGAUAGCUCAUUCUUAUAUCGAGUAUUGUAUGCAUACCCAUGCUUCUUUUCCUAUCGAAUGAGGUUGUAUGUUGGAUUUAUCUUGUCUGAAUGUGUCUGCACAAUGGCAGGUCUAGGAGCUUAUCCAGCCAGAACUCAACCAAAACCUGGCAAAGGCCCUACGCAGGACUUUGCCUCUUUAGUUUCUCUUGCGGCAAGUUCAGAUCAAGCUAAACAAGAGGUUUACAAUUUUGAGACAGUCAACACAGUUAAUGUGUGGAAAGCUGAAUCAGAUCCCACUGUAAGAGGGAGUAUGAGGUAUUGGAAUAUCAGUGUUCAAUAUUGGUUGGCUGCUUACGUUUAUCACCGUUUUCCGAAAAAAUCUCUGAGGCUCUUCAUUGUCUUUGUUGUAUCUGCAUUAUGGCAUGGAGUGUACUCAGGGUAUUAUGUUUCACUAUGUUCAGUGCCUUUGUAUCUUCCUGUUGAAGACAUUUUUGUCACUAACUUUUGGAAGAAAGAAGAAUCUCGGAUUCAACAAUAUUGUUGGACAAGUUGUUUGUUCUUCAUGAAAACUUACCAGUUUGCAUAUUGGGGCACAACAUUCCAGCUUUUAAGGAUAAGUGCAAUUUUGAAGUAUCUUAUUUCAAUUUAUUUUCUACCCUAUCUUCUAACAGGUAGUAUGUUUCUGUUAGGUAUGUAUUUGAAAAACGUGCGGGUGAAGAACCAUUAGUAUUGAGGAUAACUUUCCCUCAGAAGUUGUUAAAUUUUUGUGAUUUUUUUCUAUUUAACUAACUUUAAGUUUUGUUAUUUAUUGAAUUAACUGAACUCCCUAAUUAUAAUUUUUAUUAUUAUGAAUUCCUCCACACUUAUUUUGUGCUCUUUCUUUUUAUUUUGAAAACGAUUCAAUCAACAGUUUUGCAAAAAAAAACCUAAGCAAUCGCCUAAGCAUUUGGCAGGUGCUCUGUAGGUUCAAUUUGAUGUUGAAACAACAUAUUCAUAGAAAAUACACUAUAAUAAAAACCAAUCAUUUUAAGCAGCUAACGCUAUGCUAGGCACACAUUUUUAUCAUUAGAAAUCUAGGGUAGCCUCUAACCUCUUGCUACCAUAGCUAUAUACUUCAUUCUAUCCUUCCCCAUUCAGAAAUAGCUUGCAUUUGGACGGAGUUCAGCAGAAACAAACCAAGUAUUAACUACUAGUUGACUAUUAUAGAGUACCUUAACAAAAAGAGCAUUGCCAUCUCACCCAGCACUUUCUCAUGGACGCUCUAAGACCCGUAAAUGGCGGCAUAAUUGGAUUGAAGAAUGGCUAUUGCCAACCCUUAGCAGUUACCACUUGCUGCUAACCUCUCCACUAAAUUGAACAAUGGUAAAGGAUGUUUUUCAACUGUAACGCAGAAAUUUGAUUAAUAAAUGUAGAAAUCUUUAGAUUUACAUAACUUGAGCCAAAUAUCUGGGGAUUGAAGGCAAAUUAAAUUCCACUCAAGGUUAUCCUAGGAUACUUACCUUUCUGAAAUCCACCAUUUUUGGAUCUCAAGAGCCCCAAGAAAGCCUGAGAUGAAAGAGCCAAUCAAAAGUGGUCUCCUCAUGGGGAUACUCCCUUUAUACUGGCACUCUAAACGAUUAUGGACCGUUUUCAGAGCUUCAACUUUUGUUAGAAAGAUUGUGUGUGAUAAAAGAUUGAGGAGCGGUUUAUUACUUAACUCAUUUUAUGAGCAAUGAUCCUAAAGUCAUGUUUUUCAUAAAGUAGGAUACUAGUCAUUAUUGAACUGAUCACAUGUGAGCUGCAACAGCAAGUAAGAAGCAAUGUCUCACAGUAUCAACCUCUGUCCGUACUGAAAUUCAUUUUCUUUAAAUGUGUGCAUUUACUCGAUGGUUCAAAAAUUAAAAUCUGCUAGAAAGAAUUGCUAAUCUAACCAGUUCCCUUUAAUGCAAAACCUCGCCAACAAUUCAAAAACAUUGUCAUGUAGCAAUAGUAUUGUCAGUAUUUUUUUUUUUCCUAAUUUGUUUUAAAUAGAAAUUCCCCCCGAAAAACGGUUACUUUGGUAGGGAAUCUAUUGUAACUGCUUCCCACCAUCACUGUAGCCUUGCCAUGCUGAGAAUAACAAUCGUAUUUUUGUAAUGUUUAAGUUCUGUGUUCGCAUUGUUUUGUUUUUGAGAAUAUUCACCUCAAAUAGAUUCAAAAUAAAUGUUUUAUGGGUUCUCAACACCAUUAUAAAUUAAAUUUCUUUUUGCUGCUCUAUUCAGUCCUUAAACAUACAGCCGUACGUCGUAAUAAUGUUUUUGAAGGGCAAUUAUUAGUAUGUAGAAUGUUGUUUUUGGAUAAAGGUUAUUUCCAAAAACGGCUGGGACUUGAAAAAAUGAGUGUCAUUACCCAAAAUAUGUUAUUUCAAGAACUAUUAUAAUAAAAUACGACUGUAUAUUGAUUCCCAAAUUUUGUGAACUUACAAAUUAUAUUUCAUUUGUCAACAGACAAUAUUAUGUAUUCAUAAUUGCUUCAUCUUCAGAAUUAUGUUAACUUUCAGCAAGGUUAUUUCCCUCUUUUGCACCCUUUAGUUAGAAUAUUAAUCUUUAAAGAUUACAUGUUAUUUGAAUAAUGAUAGAUUAACUGUUUAAACUCCUUCGCAUACUUUGCUUUAGUUACGACAAACAUAAAUGUGACUGCCAACAGGAAGACGGACAUUAGUACUCAAAAUUUAAAAUUCAGUCUUUGAUAUCAUAGCAUAAAGGAGUACUGGACAAAUAUUUUGUUAUAUAAAUCGCCCAAAAAUAAACCAAACCAAACAAAUAUUUUAAUCUUUGAGUUGAAGAAGCUUAACUUCAAUAUAAAGCUGUUCUAAAUUUAUGAGGGUGGGGGUAACUGACCCCCCUCCUGUGCUGCACUGCAUAGAUAGGCAUGGAGCGUUAAUCCACAUGGCAUGUCCACUGCAGGGAGCAAGUUUAUAUUCUGUAAAGCGGUCUAACAAGUUACUCAGUCCCAUCCCCACCCAAACUUUUACAACUUGCCGUUUGUUAUGGGCUAGGCAAUUGCGCUCAAAAUCAAAACCUGCCGAGCUUUUGGCAAGACCUACGCACCCUAAAAAUUUCAGCUCAAUUGGCUUGAGUAAGUUUAUUUUAGUCUACAAGAUUUUUAGAGUGAGUUCUCUGUUGAAAUCUCAAAAUCCCAUUUGUUGGUGCAACUCAACAACAAUAGCUCUGUUACAAAUUCUGCCUUAAUGAACUACAGUCCUUUUUUCCUGUGGACAGUCACUCAUGUUGACAUUCUCAGGUAGUAUUAUUGACUUUAACUGAACUAAAUUAUGUCAUAAGUUAACAUAAUGUAUUUUUGAUUUCCUAGUCUUCAAAAUAUUUAAAUCGGUAACAGAUUCUAUCCAGGUUGCAUUGAGUAGAAGGACACCUGCAUUAUUACAGUGCCCUCAAAGUUGUGCAGCUUCCUCUUGGGUUUAAAUAUUAUUAAAUAUGUGUACAGCAAUCAAAUUAACAAUUUUUUAGUGGAAAAACAAAAACUCCUUGCUUUUCCAGGCAUUUUUCUUUAGAUGAAGAUGAAGAUGCACAAUUUUUACAACACUGUAUCAUGUUGGUUUCUUCUGCUAAAUGCGAUCAAUAUAUGAUAAAAGUAGGAAGAUCGAAUUUUGAAAAUGUUUGCUUGCUCUCGUGAAGAGUUUUGCUCACUAAGAUUUUAGUGAAUGGUAGUACACUCAAAAAUGAAGUUUAAUUUACCAUUCUGUUUUGGCCGAAUUGAUGAAGAUAUCUUGGUAAUCUUGCAGUUUGCAUCACGAUGAGUCAGUUUAACCGAUUAUUUUUUACUUGUGUUGAAAGCACAUAAAUGAGUUAACUGGUUUCUUUGUAUUUUUUUCUCUUUUUUUUCUUUUAAAUUAAUUUUUCUCUUGUUUCUAUCACAAUGCACUGCCUCCCAUUGGGAAGGGCAUGUAAAAGAGUGCACAAAUGAACUGUUGUAGGAACAGUUGAAUAUUUGUAGCAUGGAAAUUAAAGUCUCAUGAUGCAUAAGUUUUGGGUUUUAUGGUGAAAGAAUGGAUGUUUCUUUGCAGUUUCAACUCAGCACCAAAGGAAGAGCGCCGAUUUUCCAGAGGCAGAAAAAAGAUGCUCCAAAUUGGUCCUGGUCUCAAGUUCCUCAACUGGAUUGCAUUUUGCAAAAAGGAACCAGGAGCAAUGCCAUGUUGCUAAGAUUGUGCAACUUCACCCUUUGCAAUAAAACUACUGUAAUCAUAAAAAAAUAUGAAAUUUAUACGGUAAUUUUGUCUUCAAUUUACAGGUUUUAGCGAGUAGAAUAGAUAAUGUUUAUAGAUGAUCAGAGUUUUUCUUUCAAGACAAUAUAAGUUGCACAAUCCUAGCAACAUUGGAAUCCUCUUGGUUCCUUUUUGCAAAAUGCAAUGUAACUUGUUAUAUUGUUCUUCAGUCUGUCACCUCUACUAAAAUAAUGCAGCAUCCCUCACCUCAUGCUGUUUUGGCCCCAUCUGUGGUUUUUUCGGCAUCAUUGUUCGAAAAUAGGUCUUGAAAAUGUGCAUGCAGUUCAAACUGUUUCCAUCAUCAGUAAUUAAUAAGUUCAACUUCUGAUGUGUUAGUAUUUUGAUAGGGAUUUCAAGUUGCUCAACAAUCCUCUUCUACCUUGAAUCCAUGGGAAACUAUUCCAGAGUAAAUCUUCCACCGAUCCAAGCUAAUCCGUAAUGAUUGUCACCCGCCAGACAAUUGAUAUCUAGUAUGAGAAAGAAAAGGAUUUUAGCCAAGGUGUUAUGGUUAUCACUGCUUUAUUUAUUUUAUAAACAUUUUAAACGCUAAAGCUUUUCGGCUCGCGGCCAUCAUCAGAGCAUAAAAAAGGGUCAAAACCACAAAACUACAACAACUUUAACAAAGACUUAAAAAACAUUAUGCUGGUCACUAUUAUAACCAUAACACCCUGGCUAAAAUCCUUUUCUUUCUCAUACUGCAAAUGGUGUUACUAAGCAUAAACGAUUUCAUAAAUAAUUGAUAUCUAGUUGUUCUGUUCUUAUCUAGAUCACUGACAUGUGCACUCUAUUGUAAGUGCUGUCUCUCACAAACUGAUGUCUAGAAUGAAACAUAUCCCUGAGUUCCCAAACUUGCAGAGUAAACUGGACUACAUUUUACAAUUAGGAACUAUAAAUUCUAGCCCAGUUUAAAAACAACGUAUGUGCCAUUAGUUUCCCUAUGCACAUAAGUGUUUUUCCAGGAGAGUCAGAAUUUAUAGUUCCAAAUUGCAAAAUGCAGUCCAACUUGUCGUCAAGAUUCCUUUUUUUACCAUGUUUGAUGAGUAAUAUAUAAUUUUACAAAAGCUUAGGACCUUGCUCAAAAUUUUGCCCUUGUAAAAAAUCAAAUUUUUGAACUAGCUAACAUCCUAUUAAACUCAACUUCUUUUCUUUUUUUUCUUUUUUUUUUUUAAUAUGCCGGGUCUGUUGCUAUCACUUUUUUCUUAGUUAACUGUUAUCAUAAAUUCAUUCUGUCGAAACUCCAUAGUUCUUGUCUGCGUCUCAGUGCAAAAAAAUAUCCUUAUAUGCAGACUCAAUUAGACUGAGCGGUGUUUCCCUUUAAACUCUGAGUCUAGUCUUUGUGAUAUUGAUUAUGUAUGAAAGCAGGUAAUUUGCCUGAUUUAACGAACUUUGUAUUUUUCUUCCCGAGAUAUUUUUAUAAUCAAUUUUUUGAGCUCUAAUUUUCUAAGCUUGCUUCUCUAGUAAUGUUGCUUGUCAAAAUUUUAUCUGUUGAACUUAGUUAUAAAAAAUGUGAUUUUCAAAUAAAUAUACUGUUAAUUAAC